GCGCUGAACAGCUUUGGCCGAAGGACCAUGAGAGGGCCGGAGCCCGGUCCCGAGCCAACGAUGGAGGGGGACGUGCUAGACACACUGGAGGCACUGGGGUACAAGGGACCACUGUUAGAAGAGCAAGCCCUUACUAAGGCAGCAGAGGGUGGACUAUCUUCACCUGAAUUUUCAGAGCUCUGUGUUUGGUUAGGCUCUCAAAUAAAAUCAUUAUGCAACUUGGAAGAAAGUAUCACUUCAGCUGUAUUUUUAAGUACAGAACUUCAAGCCUCACAGAUAUUACAGAACAAGAAAUGUAAAAAUUCUCAAUUAGAUAAGAAUAGUGAAAUUCAUCAGGAAGUUCAAGCUAUGUGUGAUACCCUUGGUGUACCCAAGUCAACAACUUCUGACAUUCCACUUAUGCUAAACCAAGUGGAAUCAAAGGUGAAAGAUAUUCUCUCAAAAGUCCGGAACAAUCAUGUGGGAAAGCCACUGCUGAAAAUUGAUUUAAAUCCAGAACAGGCGCAACAACUGGAAAGAAUCAAUGAUGCUCUUUCCUGUGAAUAUGAGUGCCGCCGGCGAAUGUUAAUGAAACGACUAGAUGUGACAGUACAGUCCUUUGGAUGGUCUGAUAGAGCAAAGGUAAAAACAGAUGACAUAGCAAGGAUUUAUCAGCCUAAGCGUUACGCUUUGUCACCCAAGACAACAAUUACAAUGGCACAUCUGCUUGCUGCUCGUGAAGAUCUAUCCAAGAUCAUUAGAACAAGUAGUGGCGCUAGCCGGGAGAAGACGGCAUGUGCCAUUAAUAAGGUGCUGAUGGGAAGGGUGCCUGACAGGGGAGGACGGCCAAAUGAAAUUGAACCACCACCCCCCGAAAUGCCCCCUUGGCAAAAGAGACAAGAAGGCGGCGGAAGGGGUGGUUGGGGUGGUGGUGGUGAUUAUGGUGGAAGAGGAGGCUAUGGUGGAAGAGGGGGUUAUGGUGGUAGAGGUUAUGGAGAUCCAUAUGGAGGAGGAGGUGGUGGUGGUGGUGGUGGAUAUAGAAGAUAUUAAAAACCACAAAAAUUAGAUAGCAGUGCUUACUUCUUGAUAGAUACGUUAGACAUAGUGUUCUAAAUAACACUUGAAUAUCAUCUUUGAAGUAAACACCAUGUUAGACUCCCUGAUAUCAUUCUUGAAUUGGGUUGAUAUGUAACAACAUUGUUUUAUACUACCAGUUGAUCUCUUAGAUGAAGUGAUGAGUUUUCCAUAUCUGUGUAUCCUUA